AUGUGUACGGGCGAAACAGGGAACCUGCGACAAGCACCAACGUCUGAUGUCUAUAAUACGAAAACAGAGGUUGUUCAAAGAACUAUUUACGUGGAUAAACAAAAAGUACCGCAUAGGCCUACAUCCGAUUCUUGGCCUCAACGCAAGCUUGAUGAGUUCCUGAAAAGCCAUGGAGUGAAAUCCUUGGAUGCACCACCAUCCGCAAAGUCUACGGCGGAACCUUGGAAAUCUCCUUUUCAAAUGAUUUCUAAUUUAAAAGAAAAGUAUUAUCCCCAUGAGGCUAAUCCGAACGAGUUACGGGAGUCAAUGAGCAAGAUUCCUGAAUUAGGUGUAUGGAUUUUCGAUGCUUGGUCGAAUUCUGAACUUUCAGAAUGGCUUAUAGAACAUAAUUUUGAAGUUCCUGAGCCCGGAACGAGGGAACAAUUAUUGGAAACUGUCUUUCAAGCAUUUUUGGAAAGCACCGAACUCACCGGUGAAGAAUUUGAAUCAUGGUCAACGAACUUAUUAGUUAACCUAUUGGAUGAAAAGAAUGUGCGUAUUCCCUUAGGUGCAUCACGCGAGGAUUUAACUAUCCUUGCCAAACGCUACUGUUCUGCUGAGCCAGAUGAGUUGGAAUAUCCCACGAAGUCAAGAAACGAGGAGAAAGAAAUUCCUUCUUCAUAUAUGAAAGAAAUCAUCCAUUUAUGGUCUGACGGUCGCCUUAUCGACUUUUUAAGAGAGAGAGGUAUCCCUGUCUCUGUAUUAUCUCCUCGCGAGACUUUAUUGAGAAAUGUGUAUAAUCAUCGUUUCAUUCCCAGAACAUUCACUCCUUCCAAUGUCUUGGACGGGUGGUCUUCUGAAGAUCUUUUAAGAUGGUUGGAAAACCAUCGUACAGACGAUAGCCUGUAUUCAACCAUUUCGUACAAUACUCGUCAUGAUCUUAUUCAUACUGCGAAAUUAUUUUACAUGGAUGCUGUUUCAGAGAGGUCUGUAGCAGAUGUCGAAGUCUUGAAUGAUUCACUAUUCUCCCAUCCUGCCAUUUCCAAGCAAUCUACUUGGACUGAAGAAGAAUUAAAAGAGGAGCUUGAAUCGUUUGGUGAACUAGUUCCCAUUCCAUUUAAUAAUCAAGAAGCUUUCAAGCGACUGCUUCCUCAUCUUCAUUAUUACCUCCAAGGCCCCUCCUUCAUACGAAGGAUUAAGCAUUGGAAAGCAGCUUUAGCCAAUUAUCUGAAGCAAGCUUACAUUUUAUCUCCCUAG